AAAAAGAAAGUGAAAAUAAAAACCUGGAGCGACUCCACCUCUAAUCUCAAACAAGAGAUUAGAGGUGCCUACUGUUUUCUCUGCUGCCUGAAACAGAUUCAUCUUUAAAUUAACCUCAGAACAGACGGAGAGACGCGCUUCUAGCAGACAGGAAAUGGCUUCCAGCUCUGAGAAGAAUCUUUGCUGCCCCAUCUGCCACGAAAUCUUCACGGAUCCUGUGGUUCUGUCGUGCAGCCACAGCUUCUGUCAAGCCUGCGUUCGGUCCUGGUGGAAGGUAAAGCAAAUAAACGAGUGUCCGGUCUGCAAGGAAAGGCCUCUGAGUGACCCGCCCAUCAGCUUGGCUUUGAGGAAUCUGUGUUUAGCGGAAAAAACGAAGCUUUCUGCAGGAAUGGAGCCGGGAAUCUGCAGCCAGCACAACGAGAAGCUAAAGCUGUUCUGCCUGGACCACCAGCAGUCCGUCUGCGUCGUCUGCAGGGACUCCAAAGCUCACAGCAACCACAGGUUUAGACCCAUCGACGAGGCGGCGGACGAGCGCCGGGAGGAGGUCCGCGAGUCCCUCACGGCUCUGCGGGAAAAGCUGAAGCUCUUCGAAGAGGCGAAGGGGAGCUGCGACCAAAACGCCAAACACAUCAAGAGCCAGAACAGAAACACGGAGAAGCAGAUCCGGGAUCAGUUCAAGAAGUUUCAGCAGCUUCUGCAGCAGGAAGAGGAGGCCCGCAUCGCUGCGCUGAAGGAGGACGAGCGGGAGAAAAGCAAAGCGAUGAGGGAGGAAUCUGAAGCCCUCAGCAGGAUCAUCUCAGAUUUGUCCAACACAAUCAGAGAGACGGAGAAGCAGCUGAAGGCUGACAGCGCUUCCUUCCUGCGCUCCUACAAAGCUGCCUUAACCACAGCGGAACAGCGCCGCCUGCAGGAAGACCCGGCGCCGUCCGCCGGCGCGCUCCUGGACGUGGCGAAACAUCUGGGCAACCUGAGCUUCAACAUCUGGAUCCAGAUGAAGCCGGCCGUCUGCUUCUCCGCUGUGGUUCUGGACCCAAACACAGCUCACCCCGAGCUGACCCCGGCCGACGACCUGAGCGCCGCGGCGCACGGAGAGCGGGUCAAGCUGCCAGACAACCCGGAGCGGUUCGGCCGCUGCCGCGCCGUGCUGGGCUCGGAAGGGUUCACUUCCGGGUCGCACAGCUGGGAGGUCGAGGUCGGAGAAGGCGGCGGCUGGGAGGUGGGCGUGGCGGCGGAGUCCGCGGACAGGAAGGGGUCCGUCGGGUCGGGGUCGUGGAGGAUCGGUUUGGACGGCGCCUUUCUGGCCUUCUUCCCUCCAGCGAGGAGUUCGAUUCUGGUGGUCAAGCCGCCCCGGAGGAUCCGAGUCCAUCUGGACUGUGAGAGGGGGAAGCUGUCGUUCUCAGAUGCCGAUACUGGCGGCCACAUCCACACCUUCAGCCACUGCUUCACCGAGAAACUGUUUCCAUUUUUCAGCAUCAAGAAGGAGAAAACACUGAAAAUGAUAACAAGACCAGUUUCUGCCUCUGUGGACCAGAGAGGGGAGGAAAGUUCAGCUUCUGCAGGAAAGAAAUGAUAUUUACAAAAAGGAAGAACAUUUAAAAAGUAAAAAAUCUGCAAGAAAAAACUCCAACAUUUUCUGGAAAAAUCUUUAAAAUUUCUGAGCUUGAAAAGUAAAAUUUUGGUAAAGAACUUUGAAUUUAUUAGAUUAAACUCAGAAACUUUCUGAAGAAAAAAGAACAAAAGGAAUUUCUGAGCUUGAAAAGUCUCAUAUUUUUAAUAUCUAAAACUGAAAUGACAUCUGAUGUGUUGAAAUCAACAGUUUAUUCAAAUCUAGAUUUGUUGAAUCUAGAUUAUAUGUUUUUAUUCUCUUUUCUAUAGAAAAAUCUGCUGAUAUUUUUCACAUUAUUUUUUUUUUUAGAAUUGUGUAAAUUAUUCUGAAUAUUUGCCUGUUUUCUCAUUUUUUAGCCAAUCAGGUCUAAAAGCUGAAAUACUUCCACUCGUCGGUACUUGACUAGCUAUUGGCUGCUUUUUCAGCAGCAGCCAAUCCAGGAGCGGCAUUUCUUGUCCUUGGUGCUGAUUGGCUGAAGACCAAAUUGCGGUAAUAGGGAAGUCUUUAGACUUCAGCUGCUGCUAAGAUGGUUUCCACUGUUUACAUAUAAUAUUUAUUCUGCAUAUCAAUCUGAUAAAUAAAAAGGGUUGACAUUAAACCAUCUUUAUUUCUGUUUUAUAACCAUUUGUGUUUUGGGAUGCAUUUUAUCUGCAUAAUGUUGCUACAUAUUAAUAAUGUGGGGUAACAAUAUCAACCCAGAUUUUCAUAUAAUUUCAUUUUACGUGUCAAAUCCUUGGUAAAAGUUCUCCAGGUUUGUCAGAUUAUUAUUUUUCUUGAAGUUAUUUUUCUUUUUUUAUGGUUUUGUUCUUUUGGCUGAAACAUGUUAAACUGACCAAUAUAAAAUCAUUUCCGUGGAUUUUAAUGCUUCUGUGGUUUCCAGGCUGACAUGAAUGUUUAGUUUUUCAUUGAAAUAUAAAGUUAUGGUUCUUUGUUAAAGUGUAAAUAAGCUGGUUUUUCUGUUUUAUUUUAACUCAUUUGAUAUAACUGACAUUAAAACAGUUGUGCUAUGCUAAAUCAAUGUAAUAUGGCUAAAUGCAUUCCUA